AUGUGUGAACAAACAAAAAAAUAUUUUUCUCCUCGUCUUAUUGACUAUGUUAUUAUCGUUGGUUGUCGGCAUCCAAAUCGUUUUAAUCACGUAACACAAACACCUGAAUUAUUAAGACGUUAUCCAUUAAAUGAUCAUAAAGAUUUUUCAUUACCACCCGAUGUGAUCUUUUUCUGUCAGCCUGAAGGUUGUAUAAACACCGGACAUCAACGAACAGGCCUUCGUAAUAUAACAUCAUUUGUAUUUACAUUGACGGAAAAAGAUGCGAAUCGACAACGAUUUGGUAUUUGUGUUAAUUUUUAUCGACAUUUUCCAAGACGAACAAAUCAGUCAACAACAGCAAGUUCGACUCAUCAACAAACAUCAACGGUUAAAACAUCAUUACCACAUCGUUUAUCAAGAAUAGAUUCUGUUGGACAAUAUUCAUCCGAUGAUGGUACACAACAAUCCGUACUAACACAAAUACAACAAGAAAAUAGUCUUCUAACAGAUACGAACGGUAAUAAUUUGACUCUAGUCGAACGUAAACGAAAACGACAACGUUUGAGGAAUAAUACGUUAACAUCGUUAUGUCUAAUCAGCCAUCAUCCAUUUUUUACACGAUUUCGAGAAUGUUUAAUUAAAUUAAAAAGUAUCAUCGAUGCAUGUAAUGAACGUUCGUGUGCUCGAAGAACAGGAGCAUCACGAUGUACAUCAAGAGAAACAGUCUGGGGCGUAUUAACGGGUCAAUCGUGUGAGUGUACAUCGAAUUUAGUAGCACAUGAAAUUCGAGAAAUUGAAACAUGGAUACUACGUUUGUUAAGUGCACCAGUUUCUAUUCCUGGUAAAACAAAGAUACUAAUUGAAGUUCUUCCAAAUGAAUCCCCGAUGCUAUUUGCUUUACCUGAUCAUACUCGUUUUUCACUUGUCGAUUUUCCGUUACAUUUACCAUUGGAGUUAUUAGGUGUUGAGUUAUGUAUCCGUGUUUUAACAUUGAUUAUGCUAGAAAAUAAAGUUGUAUUUCAAUCUCGUGAUUACAAUGCCUUAACAAUGAGCGUAUUGGCGUUUGUCGCUUUACUUUAUCCACUAGAAUAUAUGUUUCCAGUCAUUCCACUUUUGCCAACUUGUAUGACCGGUGCUGAACAGUUAUUACUUAUUCCAACCCCAUUCCUAAUUGGUGUACCUGCAAGUUUUUUUCCUUACAAAGGACUCACGAAGAAGUUUGACGAUAUUUGGAUUGUUGAUUUAGACUCAAAUCAGAUCAUUCCACCGCGCAUUGCUGAACCAUUUUUUGAUAUUCCAGAAUUAGAAUACAAUAUUUUAAAUAAUCAUCUCAAACAGGCUUUAGCCAGUAUGAGUAUGGAUCCAGAGCCUAUACAAAAUUUUGAAUCGUUAAUGUUAGAUAAAUCGUAUUCAAAUCCUCAUCAAUUACAGUUAAAUAGCCAUGACACACUAAAUACAACCACGUACAAUCCAUUUAUUUAUGGAAAUGAUGUUGAUUCUGUUGAUGUCGCCACUCGUGUAGCAAUGGUUAGAUUUUUUAAUUCACCAAAUAUAUUAGGCAAUUUUCAUGAACAUACACGAACAUUACGUUUACAUCCAAGAGCCGUGGUUGCAUUUCAAUAUAGUAGUUUUGUACGAUCAAGACCGAUUAAAUCAGCAUUUAUUAUACGUUUAGCUAAAACACAGGCAGUGGAAUUUUUUGCUGAAUGGUCGUUGUGUCCAGAUAAUGUCGCUUUUCUUCGUGUGCAAACAGGUGUAUUUGAUCCAGCAUUGAUUGGUGACAAACCAAAAUGGUAUAGUCGCAAUUUGACAUUAAUACCAUUUAAUGUUAUCGAGGAAAAUGGUACAUUGGGACAAGCUAUUCAUACCUUGAAUGCAAAACAAAACAAUAUAGAACAUACGCCUACAGAUGAAAGUGGAAGUGAUUCGGAAGAUGGUAGUGCGGGUUCCUGUUAUUCAUCGUUGAGUGAUUUUGUAUCAGAAAUGAGAAACAGUGAAAUAUGUGGUGAAAUACGCGUAGUUAAAAUUUAUCCAGAAAAUCAAGAGCAAACAUCGUGUGUUGAAUACUCAAGUGUCUAUAGUCCACCGCAAGAACUACAGAUUCCAGGUGAUGGACAAACCUCUGCAACAUCUACACAUAAUAACAAGUCAAAUUCGAAUGCAGGCAGUGGCACUGAUUCAAGUUUAUCGAUGAGUGAAUCAACAAUAAGUUCAAGUUCAAAUUCUGUUGUUAAUUCUGGUUUAAAUACACCCGAUGACGAGCUACAAGGUAUACAACGAGAAAUAAAUGAAAAUACUGAUUCAAAAUCAAGUUCAGCAACCAUUACACCUGUAACAAAAAGUUUUCCGAAACCAUUAUUUGAAACAAAAUCGCUUGGUGGUAGUUCAUCGCCUCCAACACCUGAGUUAAAAACGCGUCUGUCACAAGUUCAACCAAACUCUAAUGUUAAUAUUGGUUAUCGAACAAAUUCUAUGAUAAGAACAAACAGUCAUGAUUCAACAAAUAGUCCAACUACAAUGAAAUCUGGAAGAACAAAUAAGCCUGAAGCGACAGAUGGCUCAGAUACACCGUCUCAAUCAAUCAUUCAGCAUUUUGGUGAUGAACUGAAUUCUACAGCUGCUGCACGUGCUGUUUCAAAUAUGGCUAAAAUAGCCUCAGACAAAGUGACAAAAUUAUUAGGUAACUAUUGA